AUGUCUUCACCAGAAGCAAUCGAACAAGCCUGUGAUAAUUGUAGGUUGAAGAAAUUGAAGUGUUCGAAACAUUUCCCUAAAUGUGGACAAUGUUUGAAAAAUAAUUGGCCUUGUAUUUAUUCUCCAAAAGUGAAAAGAUCACCAUUGACAAGGGUACAUUUGACUAACUUAGAGAAUAAAUUGGAAAAAUUGGAAAAUUUAUUCAAUAAAUUGUUGCCUAAUGAAAACAUUAAUGAAAUUUUACAAAAAUUUGAUAGCAAUGACGAUGACGAUGGCGACGAAAGUAAUAAAUUUAAACUCUUGGAAAAGAUAAAAAGUAAUAUCAAUUCGAAUAACAUUCCGUCACGGCAGCAUGUUCCUUUAAAAGAUGAAGAAAAAAAAGUGAAAUCAAAUGACUCAGCUACAACAAUGGAACGAUACUCAGUACCUAGAGAACCAAUGCAUGGGUUUGAUUGGGAUGAAACUGUAAACAACGAAAAGAACCAGCAUAAGAAAUCAUCAUUAUUAGAUGAAAUGUGUCUCCUAAAUACUGACUUAAAUAAUAAAGGUUAUUUUGGUUCAAAAUCACAAAUAUCUCAUUUACGUUCCAUCGGAUUUGAUUCCCAACAAUUUCAACCUACAAGAAGAAAAAUCACUACUAUUAACUAUAACAAUGUUAAAGAAGAACUACCUCUCAAUGGUUCCCAUUCCCAUUAUAUCUCUCUUGAGAUGGAAUCAUCUUUUAUAGAAAGUUAUUUCCGAAAUUUCCAUGUUUAUUAUCCUAUACUCAAUAAAGAAUCAUUUAUGAAAAGAAUACGAUCGCAUCAAUCCAAUACUAACAAUAAUCAUACAACAAAUGAUGACGAUGAGUUUUUCUUCCAAAAUAUUCUAUAUAAUAUGGUACUUGCAAUAGGUUCAUGGUGUUUAGAAGAAUAUAGUAAGAAAAAAAUUGAUUCAAUAUUUUAUACAAAGGCAAUAAAUUCAAUCGAUGGUCAAAUCUUUGAAAAUGGAUCGAUAAUUUUAAUUAUCGCAUUCUAUCUACUAUCAAAAUAUUGUCAAUGGACAGAAAAUCCAAAUUCUUCAUAUAUUUAUAUCGGCCAUUCCAUUAAAAUGGCAAUUUCAAUAGGUUUAUUUAAAGAAUUACCAGAAAAGUCCAUUCCAUCAUCCUCUUCAUCAUCAUCAUCAAGCAAUAUAGUUGAACAAAGAAGAAGAAUUUGGUGGUGCCUUUCCAAUCAUGAUUUCCAAUUAUCAAUCUUGUUUGAUAGACCUUCACAAAUUUCAAAUCAUAUAAAUGAUAAUAAUCUCGCAUCAAUUAAUUUACCAACUCCAAUUAGUGACGAUAAAUUUACAUUUUUAACUAAUGCAAAUAAUACAAUACCAACUAUUUAUGAUGGUAUAAUUCAUAUUGCGUCAUUAUAUCAAUAUUUCAAACGCACAAUAUCAAACUAUAACAAUACAAUAAGUUUGAAAAAUGGAUUAAAAAUAAUAGAUGAAAUUAAAAAUUUAACUACUAAAUUACCAUUUUUCUUACAAUAUAGAAACCAUACAACAUCAUCCGCCAAGUUAAUAGUAUACGAUCAUAAACAUCCAUGGGUAGAAUUUACUAAACAUUUGAUCUUUUGGGAACAACAAUAUUUAAUACUUUACAUCUUAAGAAAUUUAAAAUUUUCAACAAAGAAUGAUUCAUUAAGAGAUUUAAAAACUUGUGAAUGUAUAUUAUUUGAAGUUACAGAAUGGACAAUAAAUUCAAUAUCAUCAUUCGUUAAUAAUAAAAACAAUAGCACGACCACCACAAAUCAGGAAAACAAAUCCAUGAAUAAAUUAGAAUCUUGGUACUGCAUCUUUUAUUCAUUCAAUUCAGUAUUGCUACCAUUAACUAGUUUAAUUUCAAACACAAAUAAAAAAACAACUACGACAAGUUUGAAGACAAUUAAUAAAUGUCGUCAACAAUUGAAAUCUAAUAUCAAAAUAUUACAACAAUUAAAAAAAUCGAAUAUUAAAAGUUGUGAGAAAUUCAUUCAAAUCUUAGAUGAAAUUUGUAAUUUCGAAACAACUGAUUCUGAUGAUAUUGACAGAAGGCCGACCAAAAUAUUCAAACCAUCAUUAAAAAUGACUCCAACUCCAAAGCAUGAUACAAAAAUACAACAACAACAACAACAACAACAACAACAACAACAACAACAACAACAACAAGAACCAUAUAAGUUUCAUAAUAAUAUUGAAGAAAUUACCACACCAAAUAAUGUUGAAAAUAACGAUACGUCAUUCCUUCCUCAUGAAAAGGUAACUUGCUUGUUACCACCAAUUACUGAAAUGACCACACCAAGUCCUCAUUCACAAAAUCAAGAAACCAUCCCUUCUAACACUUUCAUCCCUAUCCCUAACCACCUGGAUUCCAAAGAUGGGAAUAUAAAGAAAAUUAAUACUCUAGAAACUACAACAACAACAACAACAACAACAAUACUACCAAGCAUGAGCCGAAGAGGUAGUAUCAUUUCUAUAAACUCGCCCUCAUCAUCAUCAUCUACACAUGAUCAUCGCUCAAUGUUAAACCCACAAAUCCCAUUAACUCCCUCUGCAUUAUUUGGUAAUAAUCAUUCAUUUGCUUCAAAUUUACAACAUCCAAUGCAAUCAUUUGGAAGUAUGAAUAUACUUGAACCACAACAACAACACCAAAAUGGAUACGUCAUGCAAUUAUCACCAACCGGGAAUGAAAUGGCAAUGAACGUAUAUGAUAAUACUUUACAUCUAUUAAUAGAUGAUACUGAAACAGAUAAUAAUACUAAUAAUAAUAACACUGCUGAGAAUAACAAUGCAUUUGGAAUGAAUAUGGAAAGACAAAAUUCAUUAAAAUCAACAUUCCCAAAUUGGUCUAAUUCAAAUAGUACAUCAAAUAAUUUUAACAACUUGAAUUUAUUUUCAUCCUUAACGCCGAACCUUCCAUCAACCACUUCAUCACCUCAUCCGAAUUUGUACCAGCAACAGCAACCACAACCGCCAUCACCACAACAGCAAGCGCAGGGAGCCAAUUCCACUUCAUCAAAUAUGUUUGGUAUCCCCCCGGGGUUGUUUCAAACCACUACCCUUGAUGAUGUCUACACUUAUUUAUUUAACGACGUAUAG